CUUCCUCACUUUCACUGUCAUGGCUCUACUAUCAUGCAUGCAUGAUAGUGUGACAGUACUGUCACAGUGGGGUGACAGUACAUGACAGUGCAAUUUAUACUGUGAAAGUUGCUGUCAUGACAGCACUUUCAUGACAGUACUGUCAUAGUCUAAACGAGCCUUUACGUUGUGAUGAAACAUGAAACUCCCGAAAAAAGCGAAAAAGGAAGAAUUAAUCCGAAGGAAAUGGCUAUGAAAUGAAUGAACUAUGCUAUAUAGCUGGAUCAUUGAAAUACUAUUGUACGACGUUUAUUGACCAAACAUUUUCCCUUUUGCUCCACUGCUUCAGCUCAGCUCAGCUUUGAACGGGAAAAUUCAUCUUUGAGAGAGCAAAAACAUGUUACUACAAAACAAACGCUUGUUUCCUGAUAGUGAUGGGAAAAUCUCAGAUCUUCCACAUAAAAAAGGUGGAGGCAUUGCUUCAAUCAUAGGAGAAAUAAUUCUACGGUACUGUGGCUGUUUCCGAUCGCCUACUUCGUCUCGCUCUCGUCCAACGGAAAAACCGAAACCGACCGCUAUCCAAAUGAGACCAAGACCUCCAGCUCAUUCAGCUAAAUAUUACACUGACGCAAUUGGAUACCCCCAAUUAAAUGCUAUUAUCGAAAAUUUAGAAUCGCUACCACUUCGAGUUAGAUGUAACGCCAUAGACAAGAUGGUUCACUUCACUAAAAACGCCCGUGCUCAGUGGGAAGCUGGAGAUAGAGGAGAUUUACCGGCAAUUGAUUAGAAUGCAUAGGCGCAUUGAAUACAAUAUACACAUUGGUAUCUUUACGUGAAGUGAAAGUGAUGGUUAUCUAAAUUUUUUCCCCCUGCUUUACAAAUCUUUCACAUUCUUUUUUUUUUUUUGAGUUAUUGAGUCGACGUAACGAUUCGUCGAGGUCUCAUUCUACUUUUUCCAUCGAAAGUUUUGUAUUUUAAAUAAUUUCUUUUCAAUUUUCUUAGGUUUAAUUUUCCAAAUUGGACUACAGUUUUCUAAUGAUCCAUUCUGUUCAGUUAAUCUAGUUGUUUUUCGGAAUCAAGAAUCUGAUUAAAAGUUUAGUUAUACAGCUUAAAAGUAACUGUACCUGCUUACUAUCAAUUUGUAAUUUUCUGGAUUUUUUAAAUGGCCAGGAAAACGAGCUAUUGAUGUAAAAGAAAUUUUUAAUGAAUGGAGUUGUGUAAUGAAUUGAUAUGAAAAUAAGAAUGAAUAUUUUGAGUUGAAA